AUGAAGGGCUGGAUUCAAGUCUGUGCCGAGAAGUACACGCCAUGGACGACACUGACUUCGAAGAUCACAGCUGCAUCUCCUGUUGGGCCUCUGCCCACCCAUCUGGGACUCGGACGAAACAACUACGUGAGAAGGAUUAUCCACCCGAUACUGGUAACACCUCUCGCCGGAGUCGUGUUGAACAUCCAAGAUGACCGACUCCAUGGUCUUCACGAAGCUGAUACCGGCGCCUCGAUAUUGGCCUUGAGGCCCUGGAUCACUUCGUCGAGACUGCUUCUUCUUGUAGUUGUUGGCGCCUCCGAGAAUACGAUAGCAUUGUCUGCGCCACCGGGCUACUACAAGCGCCAUGAGAGAAUCGAUCGGAGAAGAAGGAAACUAAUCGGUCAGAGAGAAGAGACUUACUCCGGGAACAUUCGCAGCUAG